AUGGUGGCCCUCACUUGGCUCGGCGUGGCAGCAGGCUUCGUGCUGACCAUAUGGCCACCUUCAGCUACCGCAAGCCCUGGCUUCCAUCAAUUGGCCAGCCAGAGCUACAAGAGCGGUGCCUCCGUCUGCCCGGAGCGCUGCCGCAAUUCUGGGCCCAAUACCGGAAACUGGUCGGUGUACUCUGGCUUCAGGCGGAUCCGAAAGUGCAAGGAGACGAUAUUCUAUGACUUCUCUCUGUUUGACGAUGUCGAUGAUUGGGAGAAAACCCACCGCAUUCAAGCCUGCUCUUCAUACGGGCCGGACUUUGCCAUGUUCCCAGCGACUACCGCAACUGUGACUUCUAGCGAGUCCGUUGAUGUUGAGUUCGAACUGGGCUGGUGGCAUGAGGGUUUCGGUCUGGCGGGUGCUGGGCUGCGGUCAAUUGUUAGGCAGAUGCGCCACUAUGCUGAUGGAGAGCAUGGCAAGACCGAUAGGCCAUUUAUCAUAUACGGCCAGUCUGGCCAAGCUACAAUUGGAUUGUAUGUAGGCCAGAGCCUGCUGAAGCAAGGGCUCAGCGAGUCUGCGCUCAGGCUCUUCCAGGACAAUCUUGACAAACUUGACAUCACCACCCCUAGCUUAGCUAUGCAGCUCUGCGAGCAAGGCUACGAUAGCACACAUGUAUUUGGUAUUAUGGCGACCAGCAACGGAACUUUUGCUCCCAUCCAAAGUGCAAUCAAGUCUUGGGCUAAUGCGACGUGCUUAUCGUUCCCCGGAUCCGUCAAGCUUGCCGGCUCUGCAAAGUUCACUACGCCUCUUCUAAGUGGCAACCACACUACUGCCGCCUCUUCCACUCACUUAGCGCGCAAUCUGACUUGGAACCUCGUUACAAGAGGCGAUGGCGAGUGUACAACUGUACAAGUUGAUGCCGGGAACAGCUGUGCCGACCUGGCAGUGAAAUGUGGCAUUUCGGGCGCUGACUUCACGAAGUACAACCCCGGUGAUGAUUUUUGCUCCACUUUAAAGCCUAAGCAGCAUGUUUGCUGCUCCAGUGGAAAUCUUCCUGAUCUUCGUCCUCAGCCCAACGAAGAUGGCUCAUGUAAGGCAUAUCAAGUUCAAGCCGAUGACAAUUGCGACAGCCUGGCUGCCGAGUAUAGCCUUGAGAUUGAUGAUCUCGAGGAGUUCAACAAGGAUACCUGGGGCUGGAACGGUUGUGAGCUGCUAUUCAAGGACACUGUUAUGUGUCUGAGUAAGGGGACUCCACCAUUCCCUGCGGAAAUCUCCAAUGCCCAAUGUGGUCCCCAGAAGCCAGGCACAAACCCACCUACGAAUGGCUCAAAUAUUGCCGAUCUCAAUCCUUGCCCGCUCAACGCAUGCUGUAAUAUCUGGGGCCAAUGCGGCAUUACCGCAGACUUCUGCGUCGAUACCAAUACUGGGGCCCCAGGUACGGCUGAGCCAGGGACGUACGGAUGUAUAUCCAAUUGUGGAAUGGAUGUUGUUAAGGGUUCUGGGUCUGGAAAUGUCAGAAUCGCCUACUAUGAAGGCUACUGCCUCAGCAGAAAAUGUCUCUUCCAGGAUGCCUCGCAGAUUGAUACCUCGCAGUACACGCACCUCCAUUUCGGCUUCGGAACGCUGACCGAAUCGUGGGAGGUCAAGACAGGGGAUGUACUAUCUACCUACCAAUUUGGCGAGUUCAAAAAAGUCUCUGGGGUCAAGAGAAUCCUUUCCAUUGGUGGGUGGGACUUCUCGACCAUGCCUAAAACAUACAAGAUCUUCCGCAACGGUGUCAAACCCGCUAAUAGGCUAACCAUGGCAACAAACAUUGCCAACUUCAUUAAGGAUAAUGACCUGGAUGGUGUCGACAUUGACUGGGAAUAUCCAGGGGCACCUGACCUCCCUGAAGGUGACCCUGGCACAGCCGAAGAUGGUCCCAAUUACCUUGCGUUUCUUGUCAUUCUCAAAAAUCUCUUGCCAGGAAAGUCUGUUUCCAUUGCUGCACCUGCAUCCUACUGGUACUUGAAGCAGUUCCCCAUAAAGGACAUGGCUAGGAUCGUCGACUACAUUGUCUAUAUGACCUACGAUCUUCAUGGCCAGUGGGAUGCGCAUAACAGCAAUUCACAGGAAGGCUGUGAUACGGGAAAUUGUCUGCGUAGCCAGGUUAACUUGACUGAAACAAAACAAUCCUUGGCAAUGAUUACUAAGGCAGGUGUCCCUGGCGCAAAGGUCAUUGUCGGUGUUACGAGCUAUGGCCGAUCCUUCAAGAUGGCAGACCCAAAUUGCUGGGGGCCCGAUUGUCUUUACACUGGCGACCGCUUGAACUCUGACGCGAAGAAGGGUGAAUGUACUAACACGGCAGGCAAUAGCGACAUUCUUAUUUAUGAUAACGAUGAGUGGGUCGGUUACAUGAGCGCCGCUACGAAAAAGACCCGUGCCACUCUCUAUAGUGCCUGGGGCUUGCGAGGGACCUCUGACUGGGCCAGCGACCUGCAAACCUAUCAUGAUGUUCCCAAGCCGACGACAAGCUGGGCCAACUUCAUCCAGCUCGCCAAAGCAGGGGAGGACCCUAAGACGGACCAAACGCGUACCGGAAACUGGACCUCGUAUGAUUGCAGUAACGAUAAUGUUGCAAAUCUAUUCGACUUCACACCUUCUGAGCGGUGGAAGAACAUGGACACCGAUACUGCAUGGAAAGAUAUUAUCCGAAUUUGGAAUGAAACCGAUAAGCCACGCGGUCUCACCUUCAUGCGAUCUGUUGAAAGUACAACCCGCUUCGAUUAUGAGGAUUGCGGUGAAAUUGCCAAAGAGAGCUGCAGUUCAGUUGGCUGCGAAGACGGCGCAAACGGUAAAACCUCCGGCCCGGCUGCAUUUCUUAUCCUGAGUUCAAUGUCAGAAAUUCACCAAAUGUACUGGGAAUAUUACGAUGGUUUAUUCCACUCUUUUAGUCUUGUCGGUACAGCACUGGACGAUAUGGAAAACAAAUUUGCGCCUAUCCCACCAGAAGAAGACAAGACCUGGCUCAAUAUCCUUAUUGACAUGCUUACGCUCGGCGCCCUGGGCACUGCCGGGCCGCUGUUCAACACAAUACUGAAGAACCACGAUUGGUUUUCUGGCAGCGCCCUGGACAACGCAAAGGACACCACUAUGACCCUCCUUGGACAAGGUACGACUACUGCCAAGGACGUACUACCUCCAGCUAGUGAUCCCAAGUGGACGCCAGAGGGACAAGACGAGUUUUCUGCCUUUCUGGGGCAAGUGGUGUGGGGCUGGUCUAAUGUCACAUCACUGGCGCUGGAUGACCUCUUCAGUGGAAACGAAACGAGCAUUAAUACCCUCUGGGAAGUCAUAUCAGAUGGCAAGCUCAUCCAGGGUAAGAGGGAUACUGACCCCCCUGAUACUGGAAAUACCCAAAAUGAGCUGCUUGCCAAUAUCAAUAAAUGCGUCGUCGGCUUUGCAUUGCCCGCAUUGUGGCGCCAAGCUGGAUCUUAUACUUUUAUCAUUGAUUCAGGUCAGUCUUGCGACGAUGACCCGGACAUCAGCGAGUACUUGGACGACGACACCAUUGAUGCCACGGCUGUCUGCGUUGACAAUCGGCAAUACUACCUCGCAUAUCCGGAUGGCGAUGCGACUGACUGUACUUGCAAGACCAUCAACGAUUCCGGCCCCUGUCAAACGGUCUGCAAAGACAGCAAAUUCUCUGCUCCCAAAGGAAUCGAAUACAUCUCCGGCGACAAUAGCUACUACGGCAUCACGACCAACGAGCUAGUCAAGGGCUCUGUCCGGACCUGGAUAGCUAACGGGAGGGAGAACGGCGCUAACAUAGCAGAUCCAACGAACCACGGCACCAUGUCCGAUCUCAUAGACAUGGAUAUUAUAACGCCCGGCUUCAUGCGGAUUCCUGUUUGUAGCCCCGCCCGCGCCUUUCAAUCCUGGGACACGGCCGACAAGGACUCAAGCCCGAACUGGCCCUGCGAUAUCCCGCCUGGUAAAGAUGAGUGCGGUGAGUCAACCUUUGUGGACCAAACUAGCGAUGCAUCGCCAAAGGUAGAAGACUGCCGCCAGAUCAUCAAGAACAUUGAGGGCGAUGCAUCCACUAGCUGGACGACCCAGGUUGUCGGCCAUAACCAGCGCGAGAUUGCCAGUCACGCAUCCUGUCACUUUGGCGUUGAGGCUACUAAAACCAACGGAAAUGUCAAUUUCAAGGUCGGCGGGCAGGAUGUCAUUGAUAUCAUCAACGAUGCUAUCGACAAAUUUGCUAGGGAUGGGCUGAUCGGCGCAAAGGGAAACAUGGAUUGCAAUGGUAAUCUGAAGAGUGAGCCGGUGCUGUGGGGGAUAUACUAGGAAUGCGCUAUACUGCUGGUCGAAAAUGACAGGCCGGCUUAUCUUGCGAAGGAG